AUGUUCUACAAGGCCGGAAUUAUCGCUUCCAAUGGAAAAUCCAAGGAUUAUCGAAAAAGGUGGGUUUUUUCUAGAGAAACACUGUUUCGAUUGGAAUUUUUGAGUUUUCAGGGUCAAAAAUGAUUUUAAAUGUGAGGAAAACGAUUAUUGAUUGAAUUUGAAGCGAUAUUCGAUGGAAAUUCAGAUUUCCGCAUGAUUUUAUGUCAAAUUCAUGUUCUGGAGAUGAAACUGGAGAAACCUGGAAUUAUUGAUUUUUCGAACUGGGAAAGUCAAGAAUUAAAGGAACCGCCGGAGAACUUGUUAAUUUUCAUGAAAAACAUCGGAUUUCAUGAAGACUGUUGGGGUAUUAGAUACUGGAUUUUUCACUCAAAAAUCGAUGGAAAAUGGAUUUGGGUAAGAUUUCGCUGUGAACCUCUGAAAAAUAACUGGAAAAUUGUUGCGAGACCCAGAAAGUCCUCAGAAAUCUAUAGAAACAGAAAUGGAGUUAGCAUAACUCAAUGUAUAUAAAAAAUUCACAUUUUCAGAUUGAAAUAUUCAUGGACAAUUUGAUUUCAAUGUCAAUAACGUGGAAAACUUGGAUGAUUUCGGAUUUUGAUUGGCAUUUUCGAAUUUUCGACGAUUUUUAG